CGCAUCCUGCAGCUCGGACUUUGAAGGGAAAGACCUAGCCCUUGUUUGCUAGUUCCGGUUAGCAAAACGAAGCUUUGUUUAUGUUGACACGGGGGUUUACUCGUUUGAGGCUCAAAGGCACCUAUGAUUCAAAAGAUACCAACUUUCUUGUCCCUCAGAAUAAUGACACCAGCCGCUUGUUACUGAGCUUGGUUUGACACAGAGCAUUGCUCUGCCUAUGGGAGGAGAGAGUGAGAUACUGCAAGACCUCCUGAGUUACAGCUGAUUCAAAGAUUCUAGAAUCAUGGAUCAACCACAUUCUCCAGCCAGAACAUCAGCAGUCUCGCCUCCCGACACAUCUCGUUCAGCUCUUAGACAACAGCAGGACAGCGCUUUAUCCUCUUCAGAGCACCGGACAACAGCAAAGCCACUAUGGGCACCUCUUGAAACGGAUGCCCCAGUCACAUUAACUUCAAAGAACGACGACAAUGAUCUUCACAUUUGCCAGCUUUGUAGCUGCUGGUAUGAGACACGUAAAGGUCUGUCCAGUCACGCCCGUUCCCAUCUGCAACAGAUGGGAAUCCCUGAAGCUGACAUCAAGGGCAGCCCCAUUGACUUUCUUUAUCAGAUCAUGAAGGACGAGGGCCUCAAGCCCACUAGCAUGAAGCAACAGAUACCUUUCUCCACAAACAGUCUGCGUGGGGCUCCUACUAAAAAUCCAUCAGGGCUGUCGUCUCCACCCACAUCUCCUCCCUGUAAGCGACCAAAACCCCCUGAGGAGUUCACGUGUAUUCUUUGCGGGGAGGUGUGUAAAAAUCGGAAAGGCCUGGCUAGCCACUCACGGUCUCAUCUGCGGCAGAUUGGGGUUCUUGACCUGCUAGGGAAAGAUGAGUCCGCAAUCGACACUGUACAGGAUCUGGUGAGCAGCGGCGUGUUAGAAGCGAUGCAUCCCACCAAAAUGAGCAGUACCACCAACUCCUUCGCAGAACCUUCUUCUGCACCAACCUCUCUUCAAGCCUCCCCGCCACGGUCUCCCGUCACAUGGCAAUCCCGAUCUUCUUUUCCAUCCACUUUCCCAAGCCUUGCAAAGUCUCCUCAGAACCCUGUCAAUCGGGCUCCGAAAGCAAAGAAAGGCUUUCGUUUGGCGGUGGACCCCCUUCUCAGAAAGCCCAAGCCUGAGCCUUUGGAGGUUGAUAUGUCUCUAGUGAGUGGAACCAGCUCCAGCAGCAGCAGUACUCCCCCACAGAACCUAUCUGCUUUGGUAACUCCUUCCAAGACUCUUAGUGCAGAUGAACUCUCGCCACCGACAGUCCUUUGUGACUACUGUGGUCAGCUUUUCGAGACUCGCAAAGCCCUGUCCUGCCACGCCCGCGCCCAUCUGCGCCAGCUUGGCCUCACCUGGUCCAUCAAGACCUCACCGAUUGAUCUCCUCAAGGAUGUGAUGGUGCACGGUGAAGAGAAGCUUUGGUCCGGCGAGGUGUCGUCGUCAGGGAAAAUCCAGUGGAGUCCUCAAGGUUCUAAAAGGAUAUCAGACAGCCUCCAGACAAUCUCCAACCUCUGCCCCUCACCUCUGGAUUACUCUAUGAAAGACAAAUCUCCAUCUUGCAAGAGUGGGGCGUUGACAUGGGGCAAAUCCUGUGAGCUCUGCGGCUUUCAUUUUGAAAACCGCAAGGCGCUAGCCAGUCACGCACGGGCCCACCUUCGACAACUGGGCGUGGUGGAAUGGAAAACAGAAGGGGCGACCUCGCCAAUAGAACACCUCAGGGAGUUGAUGCGGAAGGACCCGGUUAAGGUGGCUGCUCUCACCCGUCGCUAUCGUGAGGGAGACCUGUACAUCAAGAAGAAAACGGUUUCGCUAUCCACUUUGUCAGAUUCUGAAUCAUUGCCUGGCAGCAACCUGAAGUUCUCAGGGCAUAAAUUGGCCAAAGACGACCAGGGUGUCUCUGCUGGUUCAUCCAAAAAACCACAAGGCCAGGCACACUCUGUAGCAGUGUAUGGAAAUGCCGGUGUGCGCUCUCCAAGAGCGCUUCCAAAACAACUUCCACCGGCAGGAGAAGAAAAUGAAGACGUCACCAACUCCCAGCAACCAUCACGGUCUGGGAGCAUUCCCGCUCUGCUGCCCAAACCUCCAUUAACUCCUUUGGUCAAGCUAGUCGGAAAAGUUUACUCUCUCAAGUGCAGGUUCUGUGAAAAAGUGUUUCACGGGCCGCUGUCUAUUCAAGAGCAGUGGAUCACACACCUGCAAAAACACAUCCUGUCGCUGGGCUACAAAGGUCAAGAGUCUCCCCCUGCUGCUCCAGUUGCUUCCCCAGGUCACCUCCAUCCUGUGGCUGUGUAGUAGUAGUGUAGGGCUGUGGCUGUGUAGUUUGAAUAACUAACUCCAAAACAUAUGGAUGAAUGGAUUUAUGCUGUCAUUAAUUGAACCUCUUUGAGUUUACGCCACUACCACUCCCUGACACAUUGCUAUUUAAAUGAUCUGCCUUGUUACGUUUGUAAAAACACCAUCAACAACAACAGUGAAUUGUGCAACUUGAAUAAUAGCAACUUUGUAAUAGACCAAAUCUCAUUUUAGCUUUACGUGCCCAGAAGCUGCACCUUUAUGUGUAUAAUCCUUGUGUAAACACUUUAUUUUGUUUUAUAAACCCAUUUCACUGUGACAAAAAGUUAUAUUUUAAGUGUUUAACCUAAAUAUGUCAAAAGACAUAAAAAUGGAUUAUCAUACAUGCCUUUAGAGAGUCUCUCCAAAACCUGAUUUUCAGUCUUUGAGAUCUUUUUACUCAUCUCACUCAUUAUUGAUUUUUAUGUAAAUUAAAUUCUGUUUUGUGUA